AUGGUCGAAUUGUGUAUUGUUUUUCACUUUAUUUUUUUAGUUUGUGCAGUAAAUUCCGCUUCCAUUGAUACAGAAAAAAUGGAAGCAAAACGUGAUGCUUGUGUGGAUAAAGUAAAUGCAAUAUCCAGUAAUAUAGCAGUCAAGGCGGCUCAAGAAGCCAAGGCGGCAGAAAAUGCUCAAGCACCAGCUGGCGCAGCAGCAGCUCAUCAGAUAAAAGAAGAGCUGGCUGAGAAAGCCAUUGAGGCAGCGAAAGCAGCACAGGCUUCUCUUGCUGGUAAAAUUGCUCUCGUUGAAGAGCUUACGCGAGAAAAGGAUGCUCUGAGAGUUGUUAUAGCAGAACUGUUGCAGAGCAAAGCUGAACUGGAAAGGGCGAUAAACGCAGAAUUGAAGGCAUUAUCAGAGGAGAAAGGCUUGGAGAAGGUUCUGACGACAGCAUUGCAUGUUGCAGAAAGUACAGCAUCAGAUGCAGACCAUUCCGUUAAAGGAGUAGGCGAUGAGUUAAUGGAAAAAGAAAAAGUUCUCCAUAGUGCUUUACACCGAACCCAAGAACUUUCAAAAGAGGAACAAAUGGCAAGGGUUGAUUUAGAUAAUACCAAACUAGCAGCAAGGAAAGCAGUACAAGCUGCCACCGAAGCCAAAGCUAAUGCCAUGAGAAAUAAGAGAUGGGUUAUCCUAAAUUUUAGUUGAUUCGUCAGAAUAAUCCGUGAUCGUGACAGUUCAAACAUCAAAUUGUAAAAUGGUUUUUCACUAAUUAGGAAUCAAUCAUUUCGAUAUAGUCCUUCGAAGAUAUUUUGUGAAUGUUAUGUUUUUAGAGUUUUUUUUUAUUAUAUAAUAAACAGUCA